UCACCUAGAUCCAUUUGGUACGGCAGUGAACUACUUGGAUGCUGCCUUCAGAAACGUCAGAAACCUGGGCAUCAUCUCUGUGACAUCCACAGACACGAGCUCCCUUUAUGCCAAGUCCCCCAAUGUCACCCUGCGUCACUAUGGCUGCCACAUUGUACGUACCGAAUACUACAAGGAGUUGGCAGCACGAAUGGUCGUGGCGACUGUAGCCAGAGCGGCAGCACGCUGCAACAAGGGCAUUGAGGUGCUGCUAGCGGUGGCAUUAGAGCAUUUUGUGCUGGUGGUUGUGAGAGUCCUCAGAGGUCCUGUGCAAGCUGAUGAGUCAGCCAAGAAGUUACGAAAACUGAUGCACUGCCAGUGGUGUGAGGAGAGAGUGUUCCUCAAACUGGGAAACAUGGUGGAUGGAAAGAGGAAGAUUGCAGAUGAAUCUGGGAACUUUGUGAAAAAGCUCAAGUCUGAUGCCGCUCUGGAUCACCCACCAUUCUACUACAGCAUCCAUCGCCACAGCAUUCGUGGCAUGAAUAUGCCCAAGUUGAACAAGUUCCUCCAGUACCUGACAGAAGCUGGCUUCAGAGUGAGUCGGACUCACUUUGAUCCAACGGGGGUUCGAACCGACGCCACGCUGCUGCAGUUUAAAUCUGUCCUCACCAAGUACAGCGUUCCUACAUGCACCAACGCUAGCGCCACUCAGACCAGCGUGAGCAUGGAGAAAACAGUGUGAGCAAGUAAAAGGCUUCACUACUCCACACCUGAAGUGAAACUUUAUUUCUUUGCUUCUUUACGCCUGAACUAAAUUCUCAGCCAGUUUCAGUCAAAACAUGUGGUUUUUCUGAAUAAACCUUAAUCAAACAUAAACCAAGGAAAGAUAUUUUUCUAUUUGUACACAAAUUCAAGUGUGACAGAUGGCUCAUUUUAUCUCUAUUUAUUUCUCCUGAAAAUCUCUUUAUUACCUUUUUGUUUCCCUUGUUUUAUAAAAGCAUCAUAAAA